AUGUCAAUUAGACAAUGCAGACUACUCAUUUUUUUACACACAAUCCUAAAUUUCUACAUUCAAUAUACAUACACCUUCACAUGUGCGAACAAUUGUAGACUAAACACGCCUUAUUACAAAAACAUUUUAUAUCGCAAUAAAAAAACAUGCCGCCUAUAUGAAAAACAAUCAAAUUUCCCCUAUGGGGAAUUACCUCCCCUUGAGACCGAUGAUUAUAGACCAUGGUCAAUGGAUGCUAUUGAAGAUUUGAAACCGAAGGAGGAUUAUAUCCCGAGGCAUUACACAUUGAAAGAGAUUGAAGAAUUCUUCAUUAAACACAAUAAAAAUGUUAGAAAGAAUGUCAAGAAAGUAUCUAUGAGUGAAUAUUCUAAGUUUACUGGCAGUAAUAUUAAGAGUUAUGGAUUUAAAAUAAAACAAAUCCAACCCUUAAGGCAUCAUCGUGGCAAGAUCUUCACAUUCUAUUACCUUCAUUCUUUGCAUACGGAUGUUAUGGCUAGGCUUAUGAAUGCUUUCCACAGGAUUGUACAUAGGUUUACUGGAGGAGGAAGGGCCACCGCCCUUAGGAUACCCGGACUGGUUAAUGAAUGCUAUAAUGUCGUUGGCUUGAGGGAAGAUUAUUUUGACCUUUGUAAUAAUCUAAGGAACGUCAUUUUACGUAAUGUACCUGCGUCUGCCACAUUUGAGAAGCCUUUGAUAGGAAAAUUCCGAAUCAAAGGGCCAAUGAUUGUCGUCGCAGGGCACAUGAAAUUCGACGAAUCUAGCAGCGAGAAUGCCAAAAAUGUCGAGAUUAUCAACAAAAAUCAGUACAUUUGUACACUAUCACCUAAUAGCUAUUUGGCCAUGGAUGUAAAGAUUGAAUACAUGGAUAGGUAUGUCAUGACCGAGUAUGGCCCAGAAUCGAUUAAUCGAGACAUAACAGACGAUGGUUUUAUCCAUUUUAACAGCGAAGUUAAACCAGUAGAAAUUUUUGGUUAUUCUGGAGAAAGACGAGGUCUAAAUAUGGAUAUAUUGACUGAGUUUGUAACUUUGCAAUUGCACACAGAUGGCACAAUAACUCCAAGAAUGGUUCUUAUUCGUGCUGCUUCUUUCAUGCGACAUUGGGUACAACAGUCACUUAAAGCUAUACAUACAGAUUUCGGAUAUGAUGUAUAUGCCAUAAGGGAUGAACAAAAUAAAGAUAUCGAAGAAUACACAAACCCCGAAAUGUACACAAAUGUGCCGUGGAAUCCUUACAGGAGACCCCGGGAAAAAGUUAUGCAAAAGGUCAAGUGGUUCUAUCGCAAUGAUGUGUUAAGACAGUAUCGCAUAGAUCCAGAAUCAAAGAUUGCCAAACAGGAGCAGUACGAGAAGUGGAAGAAACUACUAGAGACAAAACCUGACACAAUAAUGGACAAUAUAUGCAUUCAAGAACAGAUAAAGAAGAAUAGGGAACAAUUUUUCAGGGAAUUUGAAAACGUUCCACAUUGGGUAUUUCAAGAUCCUCUAGGCCCCGGAGAUAUCAGUCAAAAGAAGAUUUUCUAG